UGAUUUUAUUAAUUUCUUGUUAACACAAAUACUACUCUUUAAAAUGCAAAAUUAUACACACAUCGGCCCUGUUGAUUGCGACAAGCCCUUCAACGUCAAGAAUCUUAAGGGCAAAACCGCAAUUGUAACCGGAGGGGCCAACGGUCUUGGUGAAGCUUAUAUUCGCGCCCUUGUUGCUGCAGGAGCAAAUGUCUGCAUUGGCGAUCCUGACGUGGAAAAGGGAAGCAGGCUAGAAGAAGAACUCCCUGGAACCAAGUUUAUUCCCUGCGAUGUCUCCAAAUGGGACGACCAACUCCGUCUCUUCCGCGAAGCAGCCUCCUCCUCUCCGACAGGAAAGAUAUCCUACGUCGUCGCCAAUGCAGGGAUCCACCGCCAAGACGAAAUCUUCCUAAACUCUGGCGAUGACCAAGAACUAGACGAGCCCAAUCUAGCCACUAUCGACGUGAACAUCAGAGGAACCCUCUAUACGACGAAACUAGCCACACAUUACUUCAUCAAACAGAACGGACAAAAGCCGUCGUCUGAACAAGAGGAUACGUGCUUGGUUCUGAUCGGCUCGGGGGCAGCAUUUCUGGACUGUCCGCGGGCUCCUCAGUACUGUGCGAGCAAAUGGGCUAUGCGGGGGAUUAUGCACUCGUUGAGGAGGACGGCUUUUUACUAUGGCAGUCGGGUGAAUGUCAUAUCUCCAUGGUAUGUCAAAACAAACAUUCUGUCCGACGAGGCUUUCGCGCACGUUUCCAGUGUCGGAGUACAGUUUGCCGAGGCGGAAGACGCAGGUCAAUGCCUACUGAUGAUCCUCAGCGACACAAGUAUCAAUGGACAUGCGAUCUUUGUCUCUGGAAGAAAAUGGGCUAGCAAAGGGUAUAUGGAUUUGGAUCUGGAUGAUCAUUUGGGCAAUUCAAUACUGAAUGAGAUCCAAGAGGACCAGGUGAAGUCGGCACCUGUUUCUCUGGGGUUGUUUGUGUAGAAUAGUGUAAUGUUCUUGGAUAAUGCUUAAUUAUACGAGGGGCUUACCAGCCCACUAGUUCGAUUGGGUA